GUCCGAAAGGAAAUUUGCUGGGAUCGUUCGAACUGCGAUAUUGAUCUUUGUUAUUUUUUUUCGCCGAGGGAUGCACUUGGCAUGAGAAUCGGAGGAUGGAAAUUGUUUGGGAGGUGCUUUUUCUUCUGCAAGCGAAUUUCAUCGUCUGCAUUUCAGCUCAACAAAAUUCACCAAAAAUCCAUGAAGGCUGGUGGGCUUAUAAGGAGGUGGUCCAGGGAAGCUUUGUUCCUGUGCCCUCCUUUUGGGGUUUGGUGAACUCAGCUUGGAAUCUUUGCUCUGUUGGGAAAAGACAGUCACCUGUCAAUAUUGAAACCAGCCAUAUGAUUUUUGAUCCCUUCCUAACUCCUCUUCGCCUAAACACAGGGGGAAGAAAGGUCAGUGGGACGAUGUACAACACGGGGAGACACGUGUCCCUGCGGUUAGACAAGGAGCACCUGGUGAACAUCUCGGGGGGCCCGAUGACCUACAGCCACCGCCUGGAGGAAAUCCGGCUACACUUCGGCAGCGAGGACAGCCAGGGAUCAGAGCACCUCCUCAACGGCCAGGCCUUUUCUGGAGAGGUUCAGCUGAUCCACUAUAACCAUGAGCUGUACACAAAUGUCACAGAAGCUGCAAAGAGUCCUAAUGGGUUGGUGGUAGUUUCCAUAUUUAUGAAAGUAUCUGAAUCAUCAAAUCCAUUUCUAAAUCGUAUGCUUAACAGAGACACCAUAACAAGAAUAACAUAUAAGAAUGAUGCAUACUUACUACAGGGGCUUAAUAUUGAGGAACUUUAUCCAGAGACAUCUAGUUUCAUUACAUAUGAUGGGUCAAUGACAAUUCCACCCUGCUAUGAAACAGCAAGCUGGAUAAUAAUGAACAAACCUGUCUACAUAACAAGGAUGCAGAUGCAUUCUUUGCGACUGCUAAGCCAGAAUCAGCCAUCACAGAUAUUUCUGAGCAUGAGCGACAAUUUCAGACCAGUCCAGCCUCUCAACAAUCGAUGUAUCCGAACCAAUAUCAACUUUAGUUUACAGGGAAAAGAUUGCCCAAACAAUAGAGCACAGAAACUACAGUAUAGAGUAAAUGAAUGGCUCCUCAAAUGAGACAGAGCAGGCAGAACCCAAAUCCUCACUGGAAUGCUCCUUCUGGGAAUUGACAUCAUCUACAAUGCACCCAACCUCCCUCUCUGGGCUCACGUGCACCCUGUGCUGUGGGAAAAGAGCUGCCACGCUGGAAAAGUCCUCAAAAAUUAUUCAUGUGAUUGGUGGCCAUUUAAAAACAAAACAAAAAAACAAAACAAAACAAAAGUAUUACAGUAAACAUGAUUACAAUUUUCCUGAACUAAUUUGGAGUCACAAGGAAAGACUUUGCAGCCUUUGUACAUAUGAAAUUCUUCCUCUUCUCCCCCUCUCUCCCUCAAUUGAAAAAAGAAAAAAGGUGGCUCAGUACAGCAUCAAAGUGGAGUUGUGUUCUGUGUGCCAAGUAAUCCUUGGAAAGCUCUCAUUAUUUCACAAUCAUUAAUGGAUACUGACAAGACAGAACAAGACUACUGUAAAGGAAACAUUCCUAGGUAUGAUCUUUCUGUUAAUUUAAUUUAAAAAGGGACAGACUUUGAGAGAUAAGUAUUGUAAAUAUAUCACUGCAGAAUAUAAAGGAAAUUGAAAUAUUUCCCUCUGUCACAUAUCUGUAGUAGGAUUUGGCAAAAUCAGAAUCUAUCCAUUUUCUGUUUCUUGUUUUACAACAGAUCAUACGUUGUGUUGGUUACUAUUAACAACUCAAUAAAUGUGUUUAACAAAUUAA